AUGGCUUUCAAAGAGAGAUUCCGAAAGGUGUUCCACCGCAAUUCAAACGGCCACUCCAAGUCGAAAUCCAACAGCAAUGGCAACGGGAUCAAGAUCGAGUACUAUAAGCGCCAUGAGAUCCCGCGGUCGAAAUUCCGCGGCCCUUUCGAUCCUGAACACCAAAAGAGACUAGCCGCUUGGUCAUUCGACGCCGCCCAGGCUGACCGUCCUCGUUCAUUCGACUACUCGUUAUCUCCCUGUACAACAUUACCAGAUCAUCUCAAACCUCGCCAUGAGGAGAGUGCCACGGAGGACGAGGAACUGGCUCCCAACCAGGGUCGUGACAUCGCUCCUCCUGAAGUGGGCUUGAUUGACUCUCCCGUUUCUAUCUUCCACCACGAGUAUGCUCCGGGUCGACAGGAGGAAUCCUCGGCUUCGUCGUCCUCCACGGCGGUUGAAUUCAGCAGUUAUAGCAGUAAUUCGACCAUGACGCUGUACUCCGAGCCGCCUCGGCUGGAUUCCAUCACUCAAAUCAAGGAGACAAUUCGGUACACCUCGCCCAUGCUGCGAGCCGUGUCACCGCCUCCGCUCUCGCCCAAGGGAGCUUUUAUGCCUUUCUCACCAGACGAUCUGACCCGAGCGUUGAACGCCGUCCAGAUCUGCUCAUAA